UUGGGAACGGCUUCAAAUACGGCUGGGAGCCAUCUUGAAUCCUUGUUUGACAAGACUCUUUUCGCAGUCUGCUAAAAAAAUCCAGAGCACUGUACAAAUACCGCAAACGGAAUCGCUUUAUUUUUGUUAUCCAAGGGUUGGACAGACUUGAAAGGACACGGAGGCCCGGUUGAGCUAACUGAGCAGUAUGCCAACGUUUAAAAGCCUGCCCGAUGUGUCGAAUCCAGAUAAAGUUGGCCGAUUAACCCUUUGCUAAGCAGUUAUUUAACUUUAAUGCUUGAUGCCCAAUUCGUUUUAAUGAGAAAUAGAGUAAUUUGAUUUAUUGAUAAGGCAAGGGCAAUCUUGAGUUUGAUACGUCCCAUUUGAGUGGGCUCACCUAGUUUAGAGACUGUUAAAAAAUAAAAAAUAAAUAAAUAAUCGGUGUGAAGAGUAAAAAUGAGCACCACCAGGACAGAGAAUCCAGUGAUCUUGGGUUUGUCCAACCAGAAUGGACAGCUGAGAGGCUCAGUGAAACCUACAGGGGCUCCAGGUGGAGGUCUUCAACAGCCACAGAUAAACCAGAUGAUUAAAGGCACAAUAAAUGGCAAUUCCCAGCCAGCCCCUCCAACAAAUGCUGUUAUCAAGCCUGGAGAUGACUGGAAAAAGAAUUUGAAAGUGCCUCCAAAGGACAUGAGAAUUAAAACAUCGGAUGUGACUGCAACUAAAGGCAAUGAGUUUGAAGAUUAUUGCCUGAAGAGGGAGCUACUUAUGGGAAUCUUUGAGAUGGGCUGGGAAAAGCCAUCUCCAAUUCAGGAGGAAAGCAUUCCCAUUGCACUGUCAGGAAGGGAUAUCUUAGCCAGAGCCAAGAAUGGCACAGGAAAGAGUGGAGCCUACCUCAUUCCCCUUCUUGAGCGCAUUGACCUGAAGAAAGAUUGUUUACAAGCUUUAGUCAUAGUGCCCACCAGAGAACUGGCACUGCAAGUGAGCCAAAUAUGUAUCCAGGUCAGUAAACACAUGGGUGGUGUGAAGGUGAUGGCGACCACAGGUGGAACCAACCUCCGUGAUGACAUCAUGAGGCUCGAUGAAACGGUACAUGUGGUUAUUGCAACUCCUGGGAGGAUUUUAGACCUGAUCAAGAAAGGAGUGGCUAAAGUCAAUCAAGUACAGAUGGUUGUUUUGGAUGAAGCUGACAAGCUCCUGUCUCAGGACUUUGUGAUUAUGAUGGAGGAGAUGCUGGGCUUCCUGCCCAAACAGAGGCAGAUUCUACUUUACUCUGCCACCUUCCCUCUCAGUGUGCAGAAAUUUAUGAACGCACACUUGCAAAAACCAUAUGAGAUCAACCUAAUGGAGGAGCUUACACUGAAGGGGGUGACUCAGUAUUAUGCUUAUGUAACGGAAAGGCAAAAAGUCCAUUGCCUCAACACCUUAUUUUCCAGGCUCCAAAUCAACCAGUCUAUAAUCUUCUGUAACUCCUCUCAGAGAGUGGAGCUUCUUGCCAAGAAGAUUUCCCAGCUUGGUUAUUCAUGUUUCUACAUUCAUGCCAAGAUGAGACAGGAACAUCGCAACCGUGUUUUCCACGACUUUCGAAAUGGGCUGUGCCGAAACCUUGUCUGCACUGAUCUCUUCACAAGAGGAAUUGACAUUCAAGCUGUGAAUGUUGUGAUCAACUUUGAUUUUCCCAAGCUGGGAGAGACGUACCUUCAUCGCAUUGGUCGAUCUGGACGCUUUGGCCACCUGGGUUUGGCCAUCAACCUGAUCACAUACGACGAUCGCUUCAACCUUAAAGCGAUUGAGGAGCAGCUCGGCACAGAGAUCAAGCCCAUCCCUGGAAUCAUCGACAAGAGCUUGUACGUGGCAGAAUACCACAGCGAGAGUGGAGAAGAGGUCAAGCAGUGAGGCUAUUCUCCAUUUUUCAACCUAUUCUUCGCUCCCCUUCAAAUCCUUCUUCACCCUGUUUCUCCUGGACUUUUUUUCUUUUCAAAUUUGUUUUUGUACAGUUUCUUUCUUCUGGAAGCCACCAUCAGGACAGCAUUUGGAAACAGACACUUUUUGGAAGAACUCAUCUGCCUUAUUUAAAGGCUUUGUGCUGCACUGCAACAUACUGAAGACAUGAGCACCAAGAGGAAAGCGUGGGACCAAACGGAGAGAUAUGUGCGUAUAGAUGACUGAUUCAUAUCCACCACUGAAAACAAAGCCAGCCCCGACAGACCCUGGAAGGAAACCCUCCAUUCUGCAUGUUUUACGUUAAACUUUUAUCCAAUUUGUAACAAGUGCCUUAACAAGCAGCUCCACAUGUUCUGAAGUAAUAACCCGUCAUCGUCCUCCACUUUACUCACUUCACGCCACAUGUUCACCGUAUUGAGAAUUUGUUACAGUCCAUGUUUGAUCCGCGGGAUGAAUUCAUAACCAGUUUUGGUUGGUUGGUUGGGUCAUGUUUUGUGAGGGAAGCUGGUCUGAUUUAACUCUUAGCGCUGGCUCAGUGGAUUUUGAUUCUGGCUGAUAAAUGAGGGAAAACUUGGAUUUUCAUUGAGCAGAGACUGGAUUUUUUUUUUUUUUUUUUCCUUACCCUCCAAGAGACGGCCAGACUGCUCGGUAGCUUGUGGUGAAGCUCCUGCUUCUCAGAGACCCUGAUCCUUUCCUCUGUCUUCAGCCUCAGAACACUAAAAGUCAAAAAAGCAGCCAGAGAACCACCAUGAGUCAAGAUUCCUGUUUCAGUGGUGCUUCUUUGGAGAAAAUGUUUGUUUUUCUUCGUUUGUCCUGUUCCUCCUCCCCCCCUUCCUAUGGAUGGCCAUACCUUAUUCUGCAAGACAUGAAGCCGACAUGUGGGGUUCAGCUUUCUCCUUCUGUACAUACUUUUAUUUUAAGAUUGUUUUAGAAAAAAAUGUAACUGGCUGGCAAACUAAAAAGCUGCUCGCACCAAUUCUCUUGUUAGCACUGGAGAUCAUUUCCUCAACUGCCAGCUUUUGUCCUGCAAUAUUGGCCCGGGAGCUUAUUUAUAAUUUUAUAGAAUGCAAAAGCAUUUAAAUGAUGUUGGUCAUAGAAUGUUUUUGGGUUAAUCUGUAAUUUUCUUUUUAGUACUUUAAAGUUUGAAGGUGCAAUUCCAAAAAUGUGCACUUAAAGUGUUUAAAAGAUGCCCUUAUUCUCUCCUGCUACCAGUGUUAACAAGCACAGUCUCAACAGAUGGCUUCCCUAGGCUGGUGUAUUUGGAUUGAUUAAUAUUUUUGGUUACCAGCCCAGGUCUGUGAAUCUUAACUGCAGGACUGAUUUAUCAUAGCGAGCGGAAUAAUCUACCGCAUAGAAAUGCUUCUUGCUGCGGCGCAGCUUAAUUGGCUGUUUUUGUUUUGUGAAGGGAAGCUAUUUGCUGUUACUUUGAUUUAUGCCACGUUUAAGCUUGGCUGCAUCACUUCCUUCGGGGGGGCAGAAGCCCCAAAGUUCGCUGAACAGAAAGUUC